UUAUGACACACAGCAGCAUCAUGGUGGAUGUAAGCAAGUGGCCAAUAUUUACCUUACUGUCACCUCAAGAAACGGCAUCUAUUCGGAAAGCGUGCGUAUUUGGUACAUCAGCCAAUGAAGCUAUAUACAUAACGCACAAUGAUGAGGUAUUUGUUUUUGGACUGAAUUGCAGUAAUUGUUUGGGAACUGGAGAUAAUCAGAGCACAAUAGUACCAAAGAAAUUAGAAGCCUUAUGUGGAAAGAAGAUUUCCAGCCUCAGUUAUGGAAGCGGACCCCAUGUUGUACUUUGCACUGAAGAUGGUGAAGUGUAUGCUUGGGGACAUAAUGGUUACAGCCAACUCGGGAAUGGCACAACUAAUCAGGGCAUUACUCCUGUUCAAGUUUGCACAAAUCUGUUAGUAAAGAAAGUGGUGGAAGUAGCUUGUGGCUCUCAUCAUUCCAUGGCGCUGUCAUUUGAUGGGGAUCUGUAUGCUUGGGGCUAUAAUAACUGUGGUCAAGUUGGAUCUGGAUCUACAGCAAACCAGCCAACUCCUCGUAGAGUUUCAAACUGUUUACAGGGUAAAGUGGUAGUUGGCAUCGCUUGUGGUCAGACCUCCUCCAUGGCAGUAGUAAACAAUGGCGAGGUGUAUGGCUGGGGUUACAAUGGUAAUGGUCAGCUAGGUCUUGGAAACAACGGCAAUCAACUAACACCAUGCAGAGUGGCAGCGUUACAUGGUGUGUGUAUCCUCCAGAUUGCCUGUGGCUAUGCACACACACUAGCACUAACAGAUGAGGGCUUGCUCUAUGCCUGGGGAGCUAACACUUACGGGCAGCUGGGAACUGGCAAUAAAAGUAACCAGCUAAGCCCGGUGCAGAUCAUGAUGGAAAAAGAAAGGGUUGUGGAGAUUGCAGCCUGCCACUCUGCUCACACAUCGGCUGCCAAGACCCAGAGUGGCCAAGUGUACACGUGGGGCCAGUGCCGUGGGCAGUCCGUGAUCCUUCCCCACCUCACACACUUUGCCUGCACUGAUGAUGUGUUUGCUUGCUUUGCUACCCCAGCCGUUAUGUGGCGUCUUCUAUCAGUAGAGCAUGAAGACUUUUUAACAGUAGCAGAGUCUCUGAAGAAAGAGUUUGACAGCCCAGAAACCUCAGACCUAAAGUUCCGUGUGGAUGGAAAGUACAUCCAUGUCCACAAAGCUGUUCUGAAAAUCAGGUGUGAACACUUCAGAACCAUGUUCCAGUCAUACUGGAAUGAGGAUAUGAAGGAAGUGCUAGAAAUAGACCAGUUUUCUUAUCCUGUGUAUCGUGCCUUUCUUGAGUACUUGUAUACAGACAGUGUGGACCUUCCGCCUGAAGAUGCAAUAGGGCUUUUGGAUUUGGCUACUUCGUACUGUGAAAAUAGACUGAAAAAACUGUGUCAGCAUAUUAUCAAGAGAGGAAUUACUGUGGAAAAUGCCUUUUCAUUGCUCUCUGCUGCUGUCAGAUACGAUGCAGAGGACUUAGAGGAAUUCUGCUUUAAGUUUUGUGUCAAUCAUUUGACAGAAGUGACACAAACCACAGCAUUUUGGCAAAUGGAUGGUCCUCUGCUAAAGGAAUUCAUUGCUAAAGCCAGUAAAUGUGGAGCAUUUAAGAACUGA